AUGGCAAACUCCUCGGAAUGGACGGAAGCAAGCAACAUUUCACUUGACUCUGACUUUGAGCUCUGUGCCACAUUGAGAGGCUCUGGUUCCCGAGUCACCCUCUAUAUCUUCAUCAUCGCUGGGAUCAUCUCCACCAUUGUUGGCAACUUCCUGGUGGUGCUCGCCAUUGCUUACUUCAAACAGUUGCAGUCUCCCACUAACUAUUUUGUCAUGUCUCUGGCUGUCGCUGACUUCCUGGUGGGGCUGGUGGUCAUGCCGUACAGUAUGUUUAGAACAGUGGAAGGAUGCUGGCAUUUUGGCCCUACCUUUUGCCAUGUUCACUCCAGCUUGGAUGUGAUGCUCUGCACAGCCUCUAUCUUCCAUCUGAGCUGCAUCGCCUUUGACCGCUACUAUGCUGUCUGCAACCCCUUGGAAUAUUCGUUUAAGAUGUCCCAUAAACGUGUGGCUCUGCUUAUUGUGGUUUGCUGGGCCGUGCCUUUAUUGAUCUCAUUUGGUCCUAUCCUCCUUGGGCUGCACAAGCUUGGUGUAGACGUUCCUUUACCUAAGAACAUGUGCGUUUUCUUGGUGAACCACGUUUAUGCUGUCAUGGCCUCCCUUGUUGCGUUCUACCUGCCGAUGGUGACCAUGCUGGUGGCCUACUGCAAGAUAUAUAAAGCAGCCAAGCGGCAGGCUAUGCAGAUAAGCACCAUGGAGGCACAGAUGGCCGCAGGUGUGGGCAAGGACUCGAGUAAGAAGCAAAAACAACGCAACUCUAUAAGGAGGGAAAGGAAAGCGGCCAAAACACUGGGCAUCAUAAUGGGAGUUUUUCUUCUCUUCUGGCUUCCCUUCUUUACUGUCAAUAUCGUUGAUCCUUUCAUUGAGUAUGGCACUGCUGGUGUGAUAUGGGAUGUGUUCCUGUGGUUGGGAUACAUCAAUUCCUCCCUAAACCCUUUCCUCUACUGCUUCUUUAACCGCUCUUUCCGUAGUGCUUUCCUAAUGAUCAUGGGCUGCAGAAUAUGUCUGCAUGGCUCAGCCUAA